AUGGUAAAUGAGCUUUCACCUUGCUGCUGCGAGUGCCUCUAUUGUUGUCCAAACCCAUUAUCAUCCACGUACAACGAGCUCUUCAUCAUUGACACCUGUCAAGGCGCCUCCAUGUAUGAAAGAUUUUACUCUCCAAACAUCAUGGCUUUGGCCAGCAGUCAAGUUGGAGAAGACUCCCUGUCGCACCAGCCAGAUUUGGCCAUAGGAGUCCAUUUGAUGGAUCGUUACACGUUCUACAUGCUGGAGUUCCUUGAAGACAUCCAUCCUGCAAGCAAAACCAACAUGAAUGAUCUGUUCAAAGUGUGUCCAAAGAGUCAGUGUGUGUCCACUCCAGGCCAUCGUACUGACCUGUCCUGA